CGUUGCCUAAUUCUUCUCCCCAACCUUCCUUGUCGGGUUAUUUAGAACCCAAACCCUCACUUAUCUUCUCAAACCCAAAACCCCAACCCGUGAAAAACCCGAAACCCCAAAUCCAUCACCCCUGUUUCACCCGGUGGUUUCUCUCUCCCUUCUCCUAUGUUUCGUUGAUGCUAUUGUCGUUCUUGGUGUUGAUGCCAAUUGACUUCUACUAAAUUUCCGGUAAUCUACGGCAGAAGGAUUAUUGACGAAAAUGGCAUCAUGGGUAGCUCAAAUGUGUGUUCCUACGAACUAUAGUUGUAGUUCAUACUCAUGGAAGCAAGUUUCAGGAGCUAAGAUUAUGUCUUUCAGCCGAAAGAUGAAGCCGAACCCGUCUAAAGCAUCCUUUGGACUAGCAAAGUCAUUGAUGUUGUCAUUGGAGAAGAAAAAUAAUAUUUGUAUGAAUUUCAUGAGGAUUGAUGAUGGUAGAAUUGGCCCCUUUGGUGUACUAAGUGAGAAGGUACUUAGGUUUAAUGUUUCGUUGAUGGGUUCGAAGAAUGCAGAUUGGCAGAGGUCGUUUGUGGUUACUUGCACAGCCAAUGGAGAGAUUAGUGCAGAGGAUAAGGUGAAUGUGCUGGUAAUUGGUGGAGGUGGAAGAGAGCAUGCACUUUGCUAUGCCUUGCAACAAUCACCAUCAUGUGAUGCGCUUUUUUGUGCACCUGGAAAUGUUGGGAUAUCAAAUUCAGGGGAUGCAAUGUGUUUGCCAGACCUUGACUCUUCUGACAGCUCGGCUGUCAUAUCUUUCUGCCAAAAACAGGCUAUUGGAUUGGUUGUAGUAGGACCAGAGGCUCCCCUUGUUUCCGGUCUUGCGAAUGACCUUGUGAAAGCUGGUAUCCCAACUUUUGGUCCUUCAUCUGAGGCUGCUGCUCUAGAGGGUUCCAAGGAUUUCAUGAAGAGCUUGUGUUACAAGUACGGCAUUCCCACUGCCAAGUAUCAAACAUUUACCGAUCCAAUUGCUGCCAAACAAUAUAUCAAAGAGCAAGGAGCACCUAUUGUGAUCAAGGCUGACGGAUUAGCUGCUGGAAAAGGAGUUAUUGUUGCUAUGUCACUGGAUGAGGCUUAUGGAGCUGUUGAUUCGAUGCUUGUAAGCGGAAUUUUUGGUUCUGCUGGUAGUCGUGUCAUUGUUGAGGAAUUUCUGGAAGGAGAAGAAGCAUCCUUCUUUGCACUAGUGGAUGGCGAAAAUGCUAUACCGCUAGAAUCAGCUCAAGACCAUAAACGUGUUGGGGAUGGUGAUACCGGGCCCAACACAGGUGGAAUGGGUGCAUACUCGCCUGCUCCAGUGUUGACAGAAGAACUGCAGUCUUUGGUGAUGAAUUCUAUAGUUCUUCCCACUGUCAAAGGAAUGGCAGCGGAAGGUUGCAAGUUUGUGGGUGUCUUGUAUGCUGGGCUUAUGAUUGAAAAGAAAUCUGGACUUCCUAAACUUAUUGAGUAUAAUGUCCGGUUCGGAGACCCUGAAUGUCAGGUUUUGAUGAUGCGUUUAGAGUCAGAUUUGGCACGAGUACUUCUUGCCGCUUGUAGAGGUGAGCUAACAGGAGUAUCAUUAAAAUGGUCUCCUGGUUCGGCUAUGGUAGUAGUCAUGGCGAGUAAUGGAUACCCUGGUAGCUACAAGAAGGGAACUGUCAUACGUAAUGUACAAGAAGCAGAAGAAGACGAUCCUUUUGUCAAAGUAUUUCAUGCAGGAACUGCUUCAGACUCUGAAGGGAAUUUGGUUGCUGUUGGUGGUAGGGUUCUUGGGAUUACAGCCAAGGGGAAUGACCUUCAAGAGGCAAGGGAUAGAGCAUAUCAAGCUACCGAGAAAGUCAAUUGGCCCGAAGGGUUUUAUCGGCGUGAUAUUGGUUGGAGAGCCCUCCCCCAAUCGCAAUGUUCAUCGAGAGGUUAACGUUUUUCCUUUUAGUUAGAGAUUUUCGAUAAAUCAUAAGUUUAACCCCCUAAUUUGGUGGGAAACAUAUAGAGUUCAGAAUUGUUGCUUAAAAUCUCCAAUUUUGAUUUUUGAGAAUUGUCACUUCUCAUAAUGUAUCACAGUGGAGAGGAAAGUCUCCAAUGUUGUAUCUUAGAUAUUGCAAGAUACUAAUCGAUCUAACAAUUCUUAAAUUUUAAUGGGCUCAUACUGGUUUUAUAGUCUCA